AUGGAUGACAAGGGGAAAGAACUUUGCCCCCGGCUAAUCGACUAUCUGGUCGUGGUGGGGAAACGGCCGAAACAGCGCUCGACCUCGGUCUCCACGCACGAUGGGCUUCCGCUGAGCCCGAAUUCGCAUACUGUAUCCCAUCCGGAGUUGUUGAGGAGGUAUCCAACCGACGACCACAAGGACUUCCCUUUACCGAACGAAGUUACCGUAUUUUGCCAACCCGAGGGAUGUCCGACUAUCAGCUACUCCAACCGAGAGCGUCGCGCGAAGGACACCCAAUUCUUCGUUUUUAUGCUGACCGAAAAGGACACCUCCAAAAUUCGCUACGGAGUCUGCCUCAAUUUUUUCCAAUCCUGCGAGAGGAGGACGGCUGAUGGACCGGCGAACAAAACCAAAAAACGCGACCAGCAGGUCUCCCUCACGUCCAUGUGCCUAAUCUCCCACCACCCGUUCAUCUCGAUUUUUCACGAGUUGAUGAUCAUCCUGAAGAAGCUGAUCGACGCGGCGAAUUAUCGGGCUUCACUUUCGAAUAGUUUGAAGGAAAUAGUAUGGUCUGUGCUGACCGGAAGUUGGCAAGACACGAUUCCGACCGAGGUGAUGAAAGAGAUCAAGCAGAUUGAGACUUGGAUUCUGAUGAUGUUGUCCUCGCCGGUGCCGGUGCCUGGGAAAACGAAGGUUCAACUCGAGAUUCUCCCGCCCGAGAUCAUCCCCAUGUUCUCCUUCGCCCUACCCGAUCAUACACGAUUUUCACUCGUCGACUUCCCACUUCACCUGCCCUUUGAACUGCUCGGAAUCGAGGCGGCGGUCAAGGUGCUCUCGGCGGUGAUGUUGGAGUAUAAGGUAGUGCUCCAAUCUCGAAACUACAAUGCCGUCUCGAUGUGUGUACUGUCUUUUGUCGCAUUACUCUACCCGCUGGAGUACAUGUUUCCGGUUAUUCCACUACUACCCGCGUACAUGCAGUCGGCAGAGCAUCUCCUGCUCGCCCCCACCCCGUUCGUGAUCGGAGUCCCAUCCUCCUUCUGGGCCCACAAGAAACUCCAAGAAAUCCCAUCCGACAUCAUCGUCGUGGAUUUGGACUCUUGCCAAGUCCAUAUCCCGGAAGAGCUCUCCUUGCCGGAACUUCCGGAGCCGGAUGCCAGUCAAUUGAAGAUGAACAUCCGGAACGCGUUGAACAAGAUGAGCACCAACUUGGUGGAGGAGCGCAGGGGAUCCAUUGAGGCGAAUUAUACCAACGAUGCCGAUGAGGUUGAUGUGGCUUGUAGGGUGUCGAUGGUAAAAUUCUACAACUCGACGAAUGUGUUCGCCAACUUUUCCGAACAUACCCGAACCUUACGAUUGUACCCAAGGCCUGUGGUGGCCCUACAAUCUGAAUCCUUCCUCCGCUCCCGCCCGAAUUGCACGCAGUUUACCAUGGAUUUGUGCAGGACACAAGCCGUCGAGUACUUCGCCGAGGAGUGUUUGUGCCCGAAGAACGAGACGUUCGUGAGGGUGCAAAACGGAAUCGAGAAGGCGCAACAAGUCGGAGACAAGGCCAAGUGGUUUGCCGAUGGGUUGAUGCCAGUGCAUUUUACGGUGUAUCCCGACAAUUCGACGCUCGCUUCGGCUUUGGACGUUUGGAAACACCGUCACAUCGCUUCCAAGCCCCUCGGUGAGGUCAACGACGUCUACAAGGAGCCCCUGAAUCUCGAGAUCCCAGCCAGUGAGAGUGCGGUCAGCUUGGGAAGCUCGAUAAGCAGUGGGCACUCCUCCCCUUCCUCCUCGCGCUCCGCCUCGGCUCAGGACAGUGAGGCUGACUUUGCGCGGCUGGCCGAGAACCUGGCGUUGAAGUCGGAUGCUAAGGGAGCCUUCUCCUUCGAUCAUGAAGACGAUGAGGAAGAGCAUACCCCACUCUCCUCCCUCACCGACACCAGCGGCAAUUUCAUGAGCGGCUUUAACGGGCUGGCCGAGAAAAGCUCGGGCAUUUUCAGCCAGGUGCUGAACAAGACUGGCGGGCUGAAGCAGGCGCAGGCGAUCAGGGAUAAGGCUUUGAAGCCGCUGGCAAAUGCGACGGCAAGCAGGAUAGAGCAAAGUCAACAUGCUGUCAAGUCAAAGACGCAGGGUGUCCAGACAUCGGCACAGACGGCCAAUCAACAAAGCAAAAACCAACAAGCUGUCCGAGAAGUCUGCGACGCCAUCCUUGCUGGUCAAGGAAUUGGCAUGUUUGCGUACCCAAAAUUUAAGCGACUAAUGGAAGAUGAGAGCCUCCGGGAAUUGGUGUGCUCCAAGCUGAACCUCGGUCUGGAGAACAAGCUUACCGAGGAGGAAUACGUGAAGGAAUUCCCCCUGACCCGAGCGCAAUACAAAGGUUACGUCAAGGUGCUGCAGGCCUGUUUGGCUGGUAUCGAGCUCUCAUUCAACACCCCCGGAUCCAACGGGUUGGCCAGCGUCUUCCACGUUCUGGAAAUUGCUCACACCCACUUCUGGAGUAGGGAUGACGGCUCGAUGACGCCGGCUAGUCAGCCGAAUUCGGUGUUAAAUACUCCUUCCGCUUCGUCGCACGAUUUCCAGCAGAUGCAGCCCCGCCAAAAACUACCCGCCACCUCGUUCGACAUGCGCGCCAGCCCAAAACCCAUUGGAAAAAUGCCACUUUCCCUGCCCGUCGUCAACAGCGCCUCGACAUCCCCCAGAUCUAUCGCCACCCCGAUGGAGCCCACUCGACACUACAUCUACCAGGAUUUGAUAUUGCCAAGCCCCAAUCCUCUUUGGCAAAACACGGUGUUCUGGGAGAACGCCUUCUACGAUGUCGUCGGGCAGGAGAGGGAUAUCAUUGGCAUGGAUCAGGAGCCGAGCGAGAUGAUUGAUAGAUACGCCACCCUAUCCGAUAGUGAGAGAAAGCGGUUAGAGCUGGAAGAAGAUCGGUUGCUAUCCACACUUCUCCAUAACCUGACCGGCUACAUGAUCAUGUGCGGAACGGGGCAGAAGGCUAUUCAACAGAAAAUCCGUCGGCUCCUCGGGAAAUCACACAUCGGCCUCGUCUGCUCCAAAACGAUCAACAUCUUGUUGGACGAUUUGCCGCAACAGCAAGGCAACGGCAUCCCGCUAAAACCACUCGGCAGCCGACUCGUCCAAAAGCAAUCAUUUACCGUCUACGCUGGAUCGAAUGCCCAGGGAACGAUGAUGUUCUUGGAGGUAUGCGAUGACGCAGUAGUACUACGGGCGGUAACUGGAGCAGUAACAGAACGGUGGUGGUACGAGCGGCUGGUGAACAUGACGUAUUCCCCAAAGACGAAAGUGUUGUGCCUGUGGCGACGGCAUGAGGAUAAGGUCCACAUGGACAAGUUCUUCACGAAGAAGUGUCGUGAGCUCUACCUCUGCAUGAAAGCAGCAAUGGAAAGAGCGGCAGCGAGAGGCAGAGUAUCGGUUGAGGGGCGAGACCUUGGAGGAGAGUUCCCGGUACACGACACUGAGACCAACCAGGGCGGAUUGAUGCAGGUCCGAAUCGACGGUAUCGCCAUCCUGUUCGAAAACUCGCAAGUUUUCAUCGAGUUGGCCAACAUAAAAAAGUGCAACACGUACGGGGGCAACUGUUUUGUAUUGGAGGAAUUCGACCGGAAAAAGGGUGAAAUGGUGCAGCGGCGAUACUUCUCACAAAUGGCCGAUCAAAUUUGCUACGCCGUGCUGUGCGUGUUCAGCUUUGUCGCCGCCGGCCAGAAGAAUCAGGCCUCUCCGAAAAAGUUGGAAAAA